CGCCCACUUGCCUUCACCCGCACCCCCGUUCUUUUCGGUUAUUUUCUGCUACGGCCGUUUCCUGCCCUGCCCCGGGCCCAGGGGGCCGCGGUCUGAACUCUGGUCGGCUGGAGGACUCGUCUCCGAGCUCCGUCAGAAAUGGGGAACAUGCAGUCGGAGCCGUCCGCGGGCGGGGGCUCCCGAAAAGAGCAGGCCUCGGACCGCGCCCCCGACUCCCGCCGGACAUCCCUGGUGGAGCCCGAGGUGACCUCCCAAGCCAUGCGCCUGACUCGCGGGCUGGGCGUCUGGUUUCCUGGCAGCUCCGCACCCCGGGGACUCCUGGUACCCGGGGAGUCCCAGGCCUCACCCUCGACCCUGCCCCUCACCUUAGAACGGCCCUCUCCAGUGAUGCCCCCUCCUGAAGAGGCGGCCGCGGUCUCCGCACCAUCCCUGGCCCCCGCGGGGACCCUGUUGCCCGGCCCCUCUAAGUGGCAAAAGCCCGCGGGCACUCCAGCGCCCCGAAUCCGCGGCCUGCUGGAGGCAAGCCAUCGCGGCCAGGGCGACCCUCCGAGCCUCCGCUCGCUGCCGCCGAAGCCGCCACCGCCACCACCCCGGCAACUAUCCGUGAAGGACACUGUCCCGAGGGCUCCAUCCCAAUCUCCACCUUCCCUGGAGCCGUGGAAGCCGCCACCACCAUUACCUUCCGAAUGGCAGCCUGCAGACCGUAGAAUCACUCCUGCUCUGGCCACACCCACCUCGACCCCCACAGAAAGCCAGGCUAGGCCCGGCAGCCAGGGCCAGACGGCCGGCAGGGCUCGCGGAGGGGCGCCUCCCCAAGCCGGCGAAGGUGAAAUGGCCCGGCCUGCGGCUUCCGAGUCCAGCCUGAGCCUGCUGUGCAAAGUCACCUUCAAGUCGGGGCCCUCUUUAGCCCCUCCGGCAGCCUCGAGUUCCUUAGCAGCCAAAGCUUCGCUCGGGGGCGGCGGAGGCGGCGGCCUCUUUGCUGCCUCAGGUGCCAUCUCUUAUGCUGAGGUCCUGAAGCAAGGGCCCCUGCCUCCUGGAGCCGCUCGCCCCUUGGGAGAGGUUCCGCGAGGGGCACAGGAAGCCGAGGGAGGUGAUGGAGACGGCGAAGGGUGCUCUGGUCCUCCCUCGGCGCCUGCGUCCCAAGCCCGGGCCCUACCGCCGCCACCCUACACCACCUUCCCAGGCUCGAAGCCCAAAUUCGACUGGGUGAGCGCUCCCGACGGCCCCGAAAGCCACUUCCGCUUCAACGGGGCUGGUGGAGGCGUUGGGGCGCCGCGACGGCGCGCGGCCGCACUCUCUGGCCCCUGGGGCUCGUCUCCGCCACCACCGGGGCAGAUGAACUCAGCUCCGGAGCCCCGGAGGCCGGCACCUGCCCUGCUGGCGCCGCCUAUGUUCAUCUUCCCGGCACCCACCAAAGGCGAGCCCGUGCGCCCAGGGCCUCCAGGCCUGCAGGAGUUACCACCAAUGCCGCCGCCCACGCCGCCGGCUGCGCUGCCGCCCACACCGCCGCCCGCGUCGCCGCCGCCCACACUGCAGCCACCUGCGCUCCGGCCAACGCCGCUGCCGGUGGCUCCCUCACCCACCCCAGAUCCGGGCCACGCGGAGUCAGCCCUGGCUCCCACCCCAGGCCCAGGCCACGCGGAGUCAGCCCUGGCUCCCACCCCAGCCCCUGCUCUGCCCCCAGCCUUAGCCGCCGACCAGACUCCGGCCCCGGACCCAGCCCCAUCCCUGGCUCCAGCUCCCACCAUGGCUGAGCCCUCGCUGCCCGCGCCCGCGGCUGCGCCCAAGUCCCGCACGCGCAGGAACAAGGGUUCCCGUGCAGCCCGGGGCACGACCCGUGAGAACGGCUUGCCUGGAGAUGGUCCUCGCGAACGAGUUACAACUACUGUGCCUGACAGCGGCGGUGGAGGGGGUGGUGGCAGCGGGGCCUCUCAGGCUGGGGCAGCUAACACCGGCGCUGCGCGCCACUGGCCGCCCUUCCAGGUGCUUAACUCCUGUCCCUGCAAGUGUUACUGCCGCCACCAGCCACGCCAUCGCCGCCUGCCACGCAACGUCUCUGCCUGGCUGAGCACGCCCACCAACCACCUGAGCGAGCCGCCCUGGGUUGCCACCAUCAAGCUGGCCGGCUCCUUGGUGGCUGGGCUGGAGCACUACGACCUGCAGACCACCCAUUCCAAUUGAGUGUAGUCGGGCCAAUAACCUCCACCUUCCUCUCCAUGCCAAUAAAAUGACCAAUCCA